AUGCCUUGGCCUGGUGAACCUGUCAGCCAGGUCCAUCCGUUCAUGGCCACUAAUCGUCCAUUGCCAUUUGGAAAUGCCAAAGUUUAUCCUGACAUCCGUAUAAAUACCGCAAGGAUGCAAGGACGAAACAUCCUCAGUGGUCAUUACCCGUUCAACCAGUUUCUUCUACCUGCAAUGCCCCGCAUUCCAUUGAAUUGUCAGAGAACUCCAAGUCAGUCACGUAGUGCCGACUACCAACUCACCCUCGAAAAUGCCAAUGAUCAGCUGGAGAUUGGAGUACCUGGUCGAAUCGGUUGCAAGACUUGCGAACAGACCGGAUGUGUUCACGAAUGUGUCCCAGCGUCGCCAGGAUUGGAGCCUCGGCUCUCCUUAUUUUCUGUAAAGCGAGACCCAAGGACGUUCAAACGACACAUUGACAGUGCUUAUCAUAAAGACAACGUGAACCGCCUCUUGGGUUUGAGUGGGAAUCAGCUCGUCAAGGUCAUGAAACGACUGUGUCCGCACUGUGGAAAAGGGAUCAAUUCGCGCAGUGACGUUUAUGCCAGCCAUGUCAAGAAGUGUCGACAGAAGUCAUUGACAAUAGCGACUCGCCGACCUGACAUUCCGCAAUUGCCAUUAAAUUUGAACACCCCUUCGCCUGCUCUGGCUAAUCAACCCUACACUGGGGUCUAUGCUUCUCCUUCCUACCACAGCGAUCCUGCUGCUUUCCACGGUCAAACUGUGCCAGCCCCUAUGGUAGGCACAGUCAGCGAAGUAACGGACCAACAGGCGGCUAUAGGCUUAUCGUACGCCGCGUUCCUCUCGGGUCAGAUGGCUGUCCCUCAGUCGUCUACCUAUUCUGUGGCCCAGGACUGGCCACCAGAAUGGCCAUCAAACGAAUAUUGGAUGAUGGAUCCUCAGAGCGCAGGCAUGAAUGAUAACACCAACGUUCCGCAAGAUGCGGACGGGAAUGGCGAUUAUUGCGAAGACUCCAUCUCCGAUGACGAGUUCAUCGACGAGCUUGUCUGAGUGCAGUGCUGAUUUUUUAUGUGAUUGAAUCGUGUCUGCGUCCAGUAUCUCUGAUCGUUCGUGAGUGUUUUCGAAGCUGUAUUUUUGUAUAGUCCGCCCAUUAUUGCUACUCCAUUAUAAAGAUGCACCGGUUGCAUCUGUGUUAUAUGUUCAU